GCGGGGCCCGAGCGGACCUGGCGGGGUGGGCCGGGGACGCGAGGCGGAGCGGGGCCCCACACAGGCCGCGGCGGGUGGCUUGGGCCCCUACGGUCCCGGCGGCGGCUGGAGGAGGAAGCCAGGCGGCUGGAGGAGGAGGGGAGGUGGAGGAUACCGAGGCUGGAGCACCGCCCGCCGCCGACUCACUUCCCCGGCUCAGCAGGGAAAGGUUCCUAGGAGGCGAGUGCGGACGGUAUGCAAAGUUGUGAAUCCAGUGGCGACAGUGCGGAUGACCCUCUCAGUCGUGGCCUGCGGAGAAAGGGACAGCCUCGCGUGGUGGUGAUCGGCGCCGGCUUGGCUGGCCUGGCUGCAACCAAAGCGCUUCUGGAGCAGGGCUUCACGGAUGUCACUGUACUUGAGGCUUCCAGCCGCGUCGGAGGCCGUGUGCAGAGCGUGAAACUCGGACACGCCACCUUUGAGCUGGGAGCCACCUGGAUCCAUGGCUCCCAUGGGAAUCCCAUCUAUCAUCUAGCAGAAGCCAAUGGCCUCCUGGAAGAGACUACUGAUGGGGAGCGAAGCGUGGGCCGUAUCAGCCUCUAUUCCAAGAAUGGCGUGGCCUGCUACCUCACCAACCGCGGCCGCAGGAUCCCCAAGGACGUGGUUGAGGAAUUCAGCGAUUUAUACAACGAGGUCUAUAACUUGACCCAGGAGUUCUUCCGGCAUGGUAAACCAGUCAAUGCUGAGAGUCAGAACAGCGUGGGGGUGUUCACCCGGGAGGAGGUGCGCAACCGCAUCAGGGAUGACCCUGACGACCCAGAGGCCACCAAGCGCCUGAAGCUCGCCAUGAUCCAGCAGUACCUGAAGGUGGAGAGCUGUGAGAGCAGCUCGCACAGCAUAGAUGAGGUGUCCCUCAGCGCCUUUGGGGAGUGGACCGAGAUCCCUGGCGCCCACCAUAUCAUCCCCUCAGGCUUCAUGCGGGUUGUGGAGCUGCUGGCGGAGGGUAUCCCUGCCCACGUCAUCCAGCUGGGGAAACCUGUCCGUUGUGUCCACUGGGACCAGGCCUCGGCCCGCCCCCGGGGCCCUGAGAUUGAGCCCCGGAGGGAGGGUGACCACAAUCACGACCCCGGGGAGGGCGACCAGGGGGGAGAGGAGCCCCGGGAGGACAGGCGGGGUGAGGACGAGCAGUGGCCGGUGCUGGUGGAGUGCGAAGACUGUGAGGUGGUCCCGGCGGACCACGUGAUCGUGACCGUGUCACUGGGCGUGCUCAAGAGGGAGUACACCAGCUUCUUCCGGCCAGGCCUGCCCGCGGAGAAGGUGGCUGCCAUCCACCGCCUGGGAAUUGGCACCACCGACAAGAUCUUUCUUGAAUUCGAGGAGCCCUUUUGGGGCCCCGAGUGCAACAGCCUACAGUUUGUGUGGGAGGACGAGGCGGAGAGCCGCACCCUCACCUACCCGCCGGAGCUCUGGUACCGUAAGAUCUGCGGCUUCGACGUCCUCUACCCACCCGAGCGCUACGGCCACGUGCUGAGCGGCUGGAUCUGUGGAGAGGAGGCCCUCGUCAUGGAGAAGUGUGAUGACGAGGCGGUGGCCGAGAUCUGCACGGAGAUGCUGCGUCAGUUCACAGGGAACCCCAGUAUUCCUAAACCUCGGCGAAUCCUGCGCUCGGCUUGGGGGAGCAACCCUCACUUCCGAGGCUCCUAUUCAUACACGCAGGUGGGCUCGAGUGGGGCAGACGUGGAGAAGCUGGCCAAGCCCCUGCCGUACACGGAGAGCUCCAAGGCGGCGCCCAUGCAGGUGCUGUUCUCAGGGGAGGCCACCCACCGCAAGUACUACUCCACUACCCAUGGUGCUCUACUCUCUGGCCAGCGAGAGGCAGCCCGCCUCAUCGAGAUGUACCGAGACCUCUUCCAGCAGGGGACCUGAGGGCCUUCUUCACUGCCGAGCGUGUUCCUUCAAGAACCACUAACUCGUGACUGCCAGCCCUUGCCCUCUGCUGCCAUGUGCUCCUAAUCUCCUAACCCACUAUAGGAUGCAGUUUUCUCUUUUGUAGAGAUAGACGCCCUGACUGGCUUCAAACCUGGCCCUGUAGCUUUCUUUCUGGUUCUGACCAGGUUGGGGCCCGUUGACUUACCUCUUCCUCUGACCCCUGACCUCCUUGUGCAGCCCUGCCUCUCCUGCCUCGUUAUUGUAAGUGCCUUCAAUACUUUGCAUUUUGAGAUAAUAAAAAGAGGCUUGCCUUUCCUGUGCUCCUCAGCUUCUCUCUUCUGUUGUC